AACUCCAAAAUAAGAAAAUUUUGGAAGAUUUGCAUCAGCAGAAAAAGCAACUACUUCUGAAGCAAGGAGCUGCAUCGCUCAGCAAUAAUUCCAACAACACCACGGCUGGCCACGACGCAAAUCAGCGCAACAUCCAGCUUCAGUUGGCCCACUCUCAGUCGUUCGGCUUUUUCGUUACUCAAGAGUCGUCAUUCGGAAACUACAUCUUGCCUGUGCUACCCAGAUUUGACUCAAAAUGAAACUCCGAAAACUUGAAGAACUGCUGCAGCAACUGGACGGCUUUGAGCGACCAAAGGUGCUUCUUGAGCAGUAUGUGACCUCGCCCCAUGUGGCCGCUUGCAUGCUCCACACUGCUGAAGAGUCCUUUGGUGACCUCGAAGGAAAAGUGGUGGCUGACCUUGGCAUGGGUUGCGGCGCCCUGGCCAUUGGGGCUGUCCUUCAGGGUGCUGGGGUCUGCUUUGGAUUUGAAAUCGACCCAGAUGCGAUUUCCAUUGCAAAGCAGAACCUCGAGGAGACCGAAGUGGAGGUCGAGGUCAUCCAGGACGAUGUUGAGGCAGGCCUGGGAUUCAGAUGGGAAAAGCGAGUGGACACAGUGUUGAUGAACCCACCCUUUGGCACCAAGAAGAACAAGGGUGCCGACCUGACCUUUCUGCAGGAGGGUCUGCGGAUGGCCACCGGAGCAGUGUACUCGCUGCACAAGACUUCCACCAGACAACACGUCCUCAGCAAGGCAAAGCAGUGGGGCGUUGAAGCCCAAGUGGUGGCUGAACUCAGGUAUGACCUGCCAGCCACUUACCGAUUCCACAAAAAGCAGUCCGUUGACAUUGAAGUUGACUUUAUCAGAUUCAGUUUCAAAAAGUGAUGUUUUUUGGAUUUAAUUAUUAAAUUUACUAAAUUCAAAAUUGUCUAUAUAAUUAAAUGACUAAGCUUUCAUUAAUAAAUGCAAAAAUUUCUUUGCAUUUAUCUAAA